GAAGGGGCUCGUUACCAUCUUCAUUUUGAUUAUAUUAUUCUUUUGUUCUUUUCGCUCGGUUCGAGGUUGCCAGUGCAUUGUAUUCUAUUAUAUAGUUUGGAAAUUUUUGUGGAAGGUUGGAGGGGUAUUGGAUAAGACUGGCCACGUGAAUCCAACCACAUUGGAACCUGGGUCAUUUAAAUAUAGAAGAAGAAGAAAGUUACAUUUGUAAAUAAAAGCAUAGUAUUUUUGGAAGAAACCGUAAUCUGUAGUUCGUAACGAGUUUGUUAAACAUGUCGAUUGGACCGAAAUUGACGAACACAUCGCCGAAUUUCGGCAUACCGCCCGACAAACAGAAUGAGCUAUUGCAAUCUCUAGGUGUGCCUCACAUUGAUUCCUUUAAUUAUAUGCUGGAGGAUGGCCUUUUUUACAGUUUAAAAGAUUGUACACCAGUAUAUUUAACUCUUACUAAUGGUGACAAGGUAGUUCUUUGGAUGGAUGAUGUACAUAUUUAUAAGCCCACUAUUCCUUCUAGUACAAUUGGUGUGAAAACAUGUAAAAUAUAUCCGACAGAAUGUCGACAAAGAGGUUCUACUUACAAGGGUAAAAUAAUAGCAAGACUCGGGUGGUCUGUUAAUGGUAAAGAGCAAGAACUUCUUGAAAAGGAUUUAGGAGAAGUUCCAAUCAUGGUCAAGUCUAAUCGAUGUAACUUGAACAAUAUGAACCCUGAAGAAUUAAUCGCUCAUGGUGAACAUGAACAAGAAUGGGGUGGAUACUUCAUAAUCAGAGGUUUAGAGCGCCUUAUACGUAUGUUAAUAAUGACGAGACGAAACUAUCCCAUUGCUGUCAAAAGACCAACUUGGAAAGGUCGUGGUGACCAUUUCAGUGAGUUGGGUAUUCUUCUGCGAAGUGUUCGAGAGGACAACUCUUCUAUUAACAAUACACUGCACUUUGUGACAGAUGGUUCUGCAAAACUUGCAUUUACAUACAAGAAAGUUACAUAUUUUGUGCCAUUAAUACUGAUAUUAAAAUGUUUGAUAGACGUAACUGAUUUAUAUAUUUACAAAGCAUUAAUCGCUGGAUGCGAAGAUGAUCUUUAUUACAAAAAUAAUAUCAUAAAUAUGUUACGUGCGGUGCAUGAAGAAGGUCUACACUGGCAUGAACAAUGUAAAGCUUAUAUAGGAAAGAUGUUUAAAGUCAAAUGCUCCGAAUUGUCUACAGAUGCAACUAAUAUAGAUGUUUGUGAUUACAUCAUUAAAUAUUGUAUCUCUAUUCAUCUUGAGGAACCUACCGAUAAGUUCCAUUUACUUGUUUUUAUGACUAAAAAACUAUUUACUUUUGCGAAUAAUAAAUGCGCCAUUGAAAGUGCGGACGCUGUGAUGAUGCAAGAGUGUUUAUUAGGUGGACACUUGUAUCUCCAAGUUCUUAAAGAGAAAUUAUAUUCGUGGCUAGUAGGACUUAAACAUCAUAUUCUCAAACGUGACAAAAGUGCUGGUAAUAGAUACGCCUUAAGUGUGCAGGAAAUGUUGAACGUCACUAAAUUUCGAAGCAACAUUGACUCACAAAUGGAGUACUUUUUAUCUACUGGAAAUGUAAGAUCAUCUAGUGGCCUGGGGCUCAUGCAAACUACUGGUUUUACGAUUGUUGUGGAAAAUAUCAAUCGGAUGCGUUAUAUGAGUCAUUUUCGCGCGAUACAUAGAGGCGCAUUCUUCCAAGAAAUGAGGACUACUGAAGCUAGACAAUUGUUACCUGAUGCAUGGGGAUUUAUUUGUCCGAUUCAUACACCGGAUGGUGCUCCAUGUGGAUUACUCAAUCACUUGACAAUGAAUUGUAUCAUCACAAAACAUGCAAACCCAAAACUGAAAGCCGCGAUACCUGCAGUAUUAGUAGAUCAUGGAAUGAUUCCAUUAUCUAUCGCGGAUGAUUGGAAAAAUUCGUAUAAUGUAAUGUUAGAUGGAAAAUUGAUUGGAUUGAUUGAGGACAAAAUUAUUAAUAAAAUAGUAUAUAAGCUGAGAUUGCUUAAAAUAAAGGGUCGAGAAAUACCGUCAACAUUGGAGAUUGCAUUUGUGCCAAAGAAAAAUGUUUCAGCUCAGUAUCCGGGGUUAUUCUUAUUUACUAAUGCUGCUAGAAUGAUGAGACCAGUAAUAAAUUUAGCUAUGCAGAAGAUUGAACUUAUAGGAACGUUUGAACAAAUUUACAUGGAAAUUUGCGUGAACUCUCAAGAAGCAUAUGAAGGAUUAACAACUCAUCAAGAAAUAAGCCAAACAACAAUUUUCAGCAAUUUAGCUAAUCUCAUUCCUUUGCCGGAUUGUAACCAGAGUCCAAGAAAUAUGUAUCAGUGCCAGAUGGGUAAACAAACGAUGGCUACACCGUGCCAUAAUUGGCAACAGCAAUCACAAACGAAAAUGUACAGGCUGCAAACACCUGCCACACCACUCUUUAGGCCGGUACAUUACGAUAAUAUUAAUAUGGAUGAUUUUGCGAUGGGUACUAAUGCAAUAAUUGCCGUUAUCUCAUACACGGGAUAUGAUAUGGAAGAUGCUAUGGUCAUCAAUAAGUCUGCAUACGAACGUGGUUUCGGACAUGGAACAAUUUAUAAGUCCGAGUUUGUUGAUUUGAAUGAUAAAAAGAGUUAUUUCGCCCGUGACCCAGAGAGACCUGAUCUUGAGAAAACCAUAGAUAUUGACGGUUUACCUAGACCACGUAUUAUUAUUAAAGAAGGAGAUGCGUAUUAUUCUUAUUACGAUACCGAUAAUGCCCAGUAUGUAAUUGGAAGAUAUAGAAGCACAGAAAACGCUUACAUCGAUAAUGUAAAGCUAUGCGGUAUAUUAAAUAAUCAAGAUCCGCGAAGGGCGUGCAUUACAUUCCGUAUUCCUAGAAAUCCCACUGUUGGAGAUAAAUUUGCGUCAAGAGCGGGACAAAAAGGAAUCCUUUCGCGGCUAUAUCCUGUCGAGGAUUUACCGUUUUCGGAGACUGGAAUGGUCCCCGAUAUUAUAUUCAAUCCGCAUGGUUUCCCAAGUCGUAUGACAAUAGCUAUGAUGAUUGAAGUGAUGGCUGGAAAAUCGGCGGCUAUACAUGGGUUGGUACACGAUGCUACGCCCUUUAGGUUUGACGAGGAGAGUACAGCUGUGGACUACUUCGGGGAAUUAUUAGAACUUGGUGGUUAUAAUUAUUAUGGAACUGAAAGAAUGUAUUCGGGCAUUUAUGGAUGUGAGAUGAACGCUAGUAUCUUCUUUGGAAUUGUGCAUUACCAAAGAUUGCGACACAUGGUCUCUGACAAGUGGCAGGUGAGAAGUACCGGACCGAUUGACCUGCUAACAAGGCAACCUAUUAAAGGUCGUCGACGCGGUGGCGGUAUUCGAUUUGGAGAGAUGGAACGAGACGCUCUGAUUUCUCAUGGUUGCUCAUAUCUUCUUCAAGAUCGUCUCUUUCAUUGCUCUGAUAAAAUAACAACUUUAGCAUGUCAUAAGUGCGGCUCUUUACUUGGACCAGAAUUAAUAGUAACGAAUAGAAGUGAUGAUGACGAUAAAAGAUGUCGUCUAUGUGGUGAAGAAGAUACCGUAGACGAAAUCGAGAUACCAUAUAUCUUUAAAUUUCUUUUAAUACAACUAGCAUCCUGCAAUAUAAACAUUAAAUUGAAAUUUAGGCGGGUGUAAUGUACCGUGAGAACAUGCUUGUACGAAAUGUACGUGUAUAUAUCGCGUACACAGUUUUUCUCAACAGAAUAAAAUUUUAUUUUUUUCUUUUUCUAAAAUUCCAGAGAAAAAAUUCUAUUUAUAAGACUAAGAUAUACGACGAAGUUUAUUACACCGACGUUUUAUAUUUAUUUCGUAUUCAUGACGUAAAAUAUCUAUAUACACACAAUUCGAUGAAUAG